AUGUAUUAUCAUGACCUCCUGUUUUUCUUUUUGUCAAUAGGAUCUGUUUUUACGCUAAAAGUUCAAGUAAAUGACAUCAUCAGUCAUCAGUACCUGCGACAAGCGGUGGUAGAGGUGUUUGUUAACUACACCCUGACAAAUUCCACUCUUACUGGAAACAAUGGAGCAGUGUUAAUAAAAGUCCCCUACAAAUUAGGAUUAAGUUUAACUAUUGUCUCAUACAAGGAUGGCUACCUGCUGACACCUUUGCCUUGGAAGACUGCGCGUAUGCCAAUAUAUUCAUCCGUGACGCUCUCAUUAUUCCCACAAAGUCAAGCUAAUAUAUGGCUCUUUGAAGAUACUGUCUUAAUUACUGGAAAACUGUCUGAUGCCAAAUCCCAACCGAGUGUUCAGUUUCCAAAAUCUUUAAUAAAGCUUCCAUCAAAUCAUAUUGCAAAUGUUACAGCCUAUCUGACAGUGCCAGAGCAAUUUUUGAAAGUGGACAGCUUUCUCUAUACAACAGGAAUUAUUCUAAAUAAAUCAGGUUUCAAAAGCAUGGAAUUAACUCCUCUUGCUGCCAUAUGUGUAAAUGUUCUCUUGGCUGGGAAAGAGCUGAAUGUAAAUGGUCCCAUUCAGGUCACACUUCCUCUUCCUGCAACUACUGUAAAAUCAGGAGAUGCUGUACCUGCCUGGACAUUUGAUAUGAAAAUUGGUGCUUGGGUAAACCGUGGGCUAGGAAUGGUCAAGGAAGUGGAUGGUCAGUUAGUAUGGACAUACACUGCUCAGCACCUGGGCUACUGGAUAGCAGCUCCACUGCCUGGAACGAGAGAAUCCAUUAUUAGUGCUGUUUCCAAGGACGUAACAGCCUAUCACACAGUGUUCCUUACGGCCAUACUGGGUGGAACUGUUGUCAUUAUCAUUGGAUUUUUUGCUGUUCUUCUUUGUUACUGCAGGGAUAAGUGUCGUCAGACACAGAAGAAGGAAAAAAACACAACCAAGCUGGAGGUCAUAAAAAAAGACCAGACAACGUCAACAACUCACAUAAAUCACAUCAAUGCUGUCAAAGGGUCUUUAAAGCUGGAGGAUAAGUCCCAGUUAUAUACACCGAAGAUUUCUUCAUACAGCCCUCAAAGAAGGCUGUCCAUAGACACAGAAGAUGGAAAAUCACAAGACAAUUUUAAAAUCUACUCAGAGGAUGCUUCUUAUCAGUCAUCCUGUCAGACUGGUCAGGCAGGAAAUUCAGUCCAUUCAGUGGAGCCUAGUGCUAGAGUGAGGCUUUUACAGCAGCCAAAGCACGGUAACAGUAAUAUUUCCCAGGCUCCUAGGGACAUUCCAGACCAAAACAGAUACCUUUCCUUGAAAGAGGAGAUGUAUGGGCUUUCCCAUAUCCCAGAACAUCUAAUGCAUAUUUACAAUCAGCCUAUUGCUAUUCUUCAAACCUCAGACCUUUUCCACUCCCCAGAACAACUGCAUCCUGCUAAAUCCGCAACUUUGCCAAGGAAAGGGCAGCUGGUGUACGGCCCCAUGAUGGAACCCAUGAAUCGCGAGAGUUACAUGCAAACACUCCCUAAAAUUCCAGUGCACUCUCAUCCCCAGCCUUCUGCCUGCAGAGAUGAGAGCAGUGCCCUGGAUGGUGAAGAGGGCUUACCUUCCCAAACAUCCAACUGGGGCCGUUACACCAACAGCUUACUGGAAUCUGUCUCUGUUCCUGGGACGUUGAAUGAAGCAGUUGUAAUGACUCCGUUUUCAUCCGAACUUCAAGGGAUUUCGGAACAAACAUUGCUGGAACUCUCUAAAGGAAAACCAUCUCCACAUCCCCGAGCAUGGUUUGUGUCCCUGGAUGGAAAGCCAAUUGCUCAAGUGAGGCAUUCUUUCAUAGAUCUGAAAAAGGGCAAAAAAACUGAGAGUAAUGAUACCAGUCUGGACUCUGGUGUGGACAUGAAUGAGCAUCAUCCUAACAGGAAAUUGGAGAGAGAGAAAACUUUCAUUAAAAGUAUGCCACAUUCUAAGAUUCUUUACUUGGAAGAUCUGGAUCUGAGCAGCAGUGAAAGUGGGACCACUGUUUGCACUCCAGAGGACCAGGCUGUGAGACACAUUAUGGAAGGAGGGAAUGGGCCAGUACUAGAACAGCACGAUGAGGAAGGUCUAAGGAAAAAAUCUCUACCAGGAAGUCAUGAAUCUGAUAUCCCUUCUGCUAAAAAAAGGGAUAGACCACCUCUCAUGAAAAGAGAUAGCAAAACAAAUAUCUGGAAGAAAAGAGAGGAGAGGCCACUUAUUCCUAUAAAUUAAAACACUAUGUGCUUUGUGCUGUUGCUCUCCCUGCUGGUUGUUGACCUCUUGCCUGCUUCUGUAAUUCUGCAGUGUUGGGUUUACAAGGGAAAUGCUGUUUUCUAGUAUCAAGAAAAUUUUCAUUUUUU